GGGAGGGACAAAAGCCGCAUAUAGAAAACCCCGGAGUUGAUCGUCCACUUCGUAGCUUUGACAAUUAGCCACCAACCUUUUUAAACCACGAAAACAUGUCAGCAGCGGCGGGUCGAUAUUAUAGUGAGGAUGGUAGGGCGACCAAAAGGCAGAAAACUGAUGGAAUGUCAACGGGCUACGAAGAUCCCCACAAGACUCUUCCAUCUGUAGUGGUGCAUGUACGAGGUCUGGUUGAUGGUGUUACAGAAUCAGACCUAACGGACGCCCUGCAAGAGUUUGGAGCCAUCAGCUAUGUAGUGCUGAUGCCCAAGAAGCGUCAGGCACUGGUGGAGUACGAGGACAUGAACGGCUCAUCCACGGCUGUGACCUAUGCCGCUGACAACCAGGUGUACAUCGCCAACCACCAGGCCUUCAUCAACUACUCCACCAGCCAGAAGAUCUCUCGGCCUGGUGACUCUGACGACUCGAGGAGUGUCAACAACAUACUGUUGCUCACAAUCAUGAACCCCAUCUACCCCAUCACAACGGAGGUACUCUACACCAUUUGUAACAACUGUGGCCCCGUCCACAGAAUUGUCAUCUUUAGGAAGAACGGUGUGCAAGCCAUGGUGGAAUUUGACUCUGUGCAAAGCGCCCAGCGAGCCAAAGCAUCUCUCAACGGAGCCGACAUCUACUCUGGAUGCUGCACGCUGAAGAUCGAAUACGCCAAGCCCACCCGGUUGAAUGUGUUCAAGAAUGAUCAGGACACUUGGGACUACACUAAUCCUAAUUUGGGUGGACCAGAUGGUGACGUGGAUGGCAAUGGGAGCAACGCAGACGACAUGAGUGCCAACCCCAACAAGCGUCAGCGCCAGCCCGCCCUGCUGGGUGACCACCCGCCAGAGUACAGUGGUGGUUACCAUGGAUACGACGAGAGCUACGGUUCCUCGCCCUACGAGAACCGCCGCAUGGGACCUCCAAUGCGAGGUCGCAGCAGUAGAAACUAUGGACCCAGCUACGGCCCCCCACCCCCUCCCCCCGGCGAGUAUGGUGCCCACGCAGACUCACCGGUGGUCAUGGCGUAUGGACUGGACCCCGUCAAGAUGAACGCCGACCGUGUUUUCAACAUAUUCUGUUUGUAUGGCAACGUAGAGCGGGUGAAGUUUAUGAAGAGUAAACCAGGCGCCGCCAUGGUGGAGAUGGGCGACUGCUACGCCGUGGACCGCGCCAUCACGCACCUCAACAGCAACUUCUUGUUUGCGCAGAAGCUCAACGUGUGCGUUUCCAAGCAGCAGGCCAUCGUGCCGGGCCAGUGCUACGAGCUGGAGGAUGGCUCCAGCAGCUUCAAGGACUUCCACGGCUCCAGGAACAACCGCUUCACGUCACCCGAGCAGGCGGCCAAGAACCGCAUCCAGCACCCCAGCAACGUGCUGCACUUCUUCAACGCCCAGCCCGAUGUUACUCCAGAGAUAUUCUCCCAGAUCUGUGAGGACCUCGGCGUCAAGUGCCCCAUCAACGUCAAAAUGUUCACAGGCAAGAGCGGCGCUCCUUCGAGCGACCGCAGUGCUUCAGGCUUGCUGGAAUGGGAAUCCAUCAAUGAUGCCAUGGAAGCUCUCGCCUUGAUGAAUCACUACCAGAUGAAGAACGCAACCGGCCCGUACCCAUACACCCUCAAGCUGUGCUUUUCCACCGUUCAACACGCCAACUGA